GCGAUCGACAGCGCAACAGCGGCCGGCACGACUUCAUCCACCUCACUUCAACUCAGGUGAGCGCCGACGUAUUCCCAAAUCGGUGGUCAGUGGAGUCAGCUCGCGCCUUCCUACUGAUAGUGGUGUGUUGCGACCCCGCGCAGUCACAACACGGACGGUACGGUACGCGACUGCUGGUCCGCCGCUGCCGCCCGCCAGCGCCACCACAGUAGCGCUACUUUCAUUCUCGCCGCAUGUCGCCCCCUUAAAAUCACAACCACAACUCAACACUCCACACCGGGUCAAUGAGUGGGGACGCAGAAUAUAUCUCGACAAACUUCAACAUGAGGAAUAAUGUAAAGCCAUCGUUUUGGGGCCAGCGAACAAAGCUGGAGAAAAGAUUAAUGCUAGUAGCGGGUCUGGCUACAGUGUUGGCUGUAGCGUUCCUGGCCGCUUUUGUAGCCAGUUUGAUCAUGCGCACCAAUGCUGACGUCAAUGACAUACCACAAACAAGCGAACUGAGAUUGUCUUCGUCUAUGCCGCCAGCUGUAGUAGCCAAAGACACAGAUGCAAAAAUAUGCAACUCCCCUGGCUGCAUACACACAGCAUCUAAACUGCUUCAAAAUAUGGACGACAAAACUGACCCUUGCGACGAUUUCUACGGUUUUGCUUGUGGUUCAUUUGUAAAGAACACUCGCAUACCAGACGACAAAACAUCAGUCAAUACCUUCUCUAUCAUAACUGACCAGCUACAGGAGCAGAUCAGAGCUUUGUUGGACGAGCCAAUCAUGGCUGGGGAACCGAGGCCUUUCGUGCUUGCCAAAACAUUAUACCAGGCCUGCAUGAAUAGAACUGCUAUAGAGAGUCGAGGUGUCCAACCUUUGCUGGACAUGCUACGGAACCUUGGUGGGUGGCCGGUCCUGGAUGGGGAGUCAUGGAACGACCGCUCAUUCUCAUGGGAGCAGUCAGUAUACAAGUUCCGUGCUGCAGGUUACUCCGUCGAUUAUUUCCUCGAUUUCUCCAUCAGUGUUGACGUCAAGAACUCAACGAAAAGAACCAUCGAUCUGGAUCAAGCCUCCCUGGGCCUGAGUAGGGAGUAUUUAAAUCGUGGCUUCAGCGACAAAUUGGUGCUAGCCUAUUAUGAGUACAUGGUGGAUAUCGCAACUCUUUUGGGAGCUGAUCGCACCCGUGCCGAAGUGGAACUCAAGGAGUCGUUAGAGUUCGAAAUGAAACUAGCAAACAUCUCGUUGCCAUUGGAGAAACGUCGCAACGCAACCAGUCUCUACAACCCGAUGACCAUCACACAGCUGCAGGAGAAGUUCCCCAAGAUCCCGUGGUUGGAGUACAUCAACCGUCUGCUGGCUCCACAUGUUACAGUGACCCCAGAUGAAAUUGCUAUAGUCAGCGUACCCAAAUACAUCACUGAUCUUGAGAUUCUGCUCGAGAAGACACCGGCGCGUGUUCAAGCAAACUACGUGAUGUGGCGUGUGGCCGGCGCUUCAGUGUCGUAUCUGACUGAUGAACUUCGCCGCAGACAACUGCAGUAUAUCACUGCACUGUCAGGGAAGACUGAACGCGAGAGCAGGUGGAAGGAGUGCGCUGAUACAGCAAGUGUCAGUAUGUCUAUAGCUGUGGGAGCACUGUACAUAAGAAAAUAUUUCAACGAAAAGUCCAAAGCUAAUGCCCUAGAAAUGGUUAAUGAUAUCAGACAACAGUUCCGCAAGACGCUAACAGAAGUGGAAUGGAUGGAUAAGAAGACUCGUCAAGAAGCCUUGGAGAAAGCAGAUGCUAUGGAGUCUCAUAUCGCAUACCCGAGCGAAAUGCUUGAUGACAACAAAUUGACAGAAUUCUAUGAUAGCCUGGAGAUGUCAUCUGAUAAACUUAUGGAGUCCGUUUUGAACCUAACACUCUUCGGUACCGAGUUCUUGUUCAGUAAAUUGAGAGAACCCGUAAAUAAAACUGACUGGAUCACUCAUGGCCGCCCAGCUAUUGUAAACGCAUUCUAUUCUUCAAUUGAAAACAGUAUCCAAUUCCCUGCUGGUAUAUUGCAAGGUGCUUUCUUCUCUGCAAAACGUCCGGCAUAUAUGAACUACGGCGCUAUUGGAUUCGUUAUUGGACACGAAAUCACACAUGGUUUCGAUGACCAGGGUCGACAAUUUGACAAAAAUGGCAAUUUGGUUGAUUGGUGGCAAGAAAUGACGAAACAGAAGUAUCUGGAGAAGGCUAAAUGCAUCAUAGACCAAUACUCGAACUACACCGUUAAAGAAGUUGGAAUGAAGUUAAAUGGCGUCAACACGCAAGGUGAGAACAUAGCCGAUAAUGGUGGCAUCAAAGAAGCCUACUACGCAUAUCAAGCGUGGACACAAAGGCACGGCGAAGAAUCACGUCUGCCCGGUUUAGAGAAAUUUUCACCAAGACAGUUGUUCUGGCUGAGUGCUGCCAAUACAUGGUGCUCGGUGUACCGGAACGAAGCUAUCAAGCUGCGCAUUACCACUGGUUUCCAUGCGCCUGGUCGCUUCCGCGUCGUUGGACCUUUAUCGAACAUGGAAGAAUUUGCGUCCGACUUCAAGUGUCCGGCCGGGUCUCCUAUGAACCCAAUUAAAAAGUGCAAAGUGUGGUAGUAUAUCUACUACGCCGCCUUCUAUUUGCCGUUCAAUUGAACUCAGUUGGCAAUCACACGCCAACGCGACCUGAGGAUGCGACGGACUUACCUGGCGAGCUAUUGACACAACUAUUCAACAACACAAAUAGUUUCCUGUUGUCAACUAAAAAAAACCACAAUGACUUCUGAGGAAAUAUUAAUUACUUACUAAAGUAUUAUUAACUAUGUUUCUGUAAUAGUGUUAAUUAUAUAUUAAUAAACAAGCCAGCUGGUAGCUCGACAGCUGAUAUUAUGCACAAAUGGUUAGUGCAUGUCUGUGAAUGUCCUUUUGAAUGUGUAGAUGUCAUCUGAUGUUUUGGUGUUGUUUAAACUUGUAAAUAAAAUAGCUGAAUUCCCUUUUACGGAAACUUUUGUAUACAUAAAUGUGACACGCCGUGAGUAUUGAAGUUCGUUUGGGGGAGAUUUUAGACUGAACACCACAUUUUUAUACGACGGGUAUACUUACAUCUCAUGUAGGUUUAAACAAUUUGUACAAUCAUACCUACUUGUUACUUGUUUUUACACAAACAUUUUGUACUUAAUUCUUGUAUUUUGUGCUAUUUAUUAUAUAUCUACCAUUGUUUUUAGAAUACAGCUUAUUGUUAAACAACGUUCAAAUAUUCACAUUUUUAAAUUUACAAAUAUAAACUAAAUAAGUAUGUAAGAAAAAAGGUAAUAAAUAAUAAUAAUAGACGGUUUUUAUACAAGGUUUAACUGAUAAUAAGAAUUAUUCGCAUCUUUUUACCUAAUUUGCCUCGGCUAAAGCCGUUUUUAAGCUUUCUAUAAAUUUUUCUAACAUCAAGAUUGCAAGUGUACUGGUCAUAAUUUUAUCAUGAAUUAAUCAUGACAUAUACAUAUUUACGUGCGUAGGAAAUUUACAAGUCAAGCCAGAUUGCACUUGUAAUUUUUCUCACGAAAGCUGUUUAAGGAAUUAAUUUACUAUUUAAAACUACGGUAAUUAAUUAUCACAACUUAAUUUCGCAUGAUAUUAUUUUUAUAGAAAUGGGAUAUUUUUUAUUCCAACUAAUAUCAAACUAAAAAAUCUGUCGUCUUCUCAUCGGUGUCACACUUCUGAAGUUUACAAAGGAAACAGAAGAAAAACCUUCAAUAAAAACCUUUCCAGGAAAUAACUCACCAAUAAAAUAUUGUACAUUGAAAGUGCAAACCAUAAAUACGUUUUCUAUUCUCAAUCUACCCGACUACGACGUGUGUUACUUAAACUUAUUGUAAUGUUAAUGUUUGAUUGUCACAAGUAUUUGAUAUUUAUUAAGCUGCGAUAAUGACUAACAGCUAACUCGCGGUUUUCAUCGUCAAAGGUCAAAGAAUCUGCUAUCGAAAAAUAUUAUCAAAAUUAAAUGUGCAAUUCUAGAGAUUAAUUGAGUUUGUAAAUACUACGAGUUAGCUGACAUUAUGAUGAAUUUAUCUGUAACUGUAAUCUCACGCCGUCUUAUAAGAGAAAAGGCAGGGAAGACAUUUUGUUAAUACCUUCUUAACAGAAAUGGCAUUUCAAGCGAAAGUUACACUACAUCUGUUCGCACCUAGACUUGCCAGUCGAUCUUUGAUCUGGCUACGCGAGUUGACCUGUAUUUUGACUGUAGUGCUUACCGCUUACAUGCUAAGACAUGUUAGU